AUGGACAGUGGUAAUGAAAGUAGCCUUGCAAUACAACAAAACUUAAAAACUGCAGCGGAAGGAGAUGUGAAAGAAUAUGUCAUUCAAGUAGUUGCUUCUCACUUCGGUUUGACUCCGCGAGAUCAAGCGACACUUGACUUGGAGCUGACUUCUUCGGUUUCAUAUCUUACGGAAUUCAUCUCUGAAGCUGACAAAAAUGUGCUCGUUGUGGAUCGCGUCGUUGCUCGUGAACAAGGUGAUCAAGCAGCUGGAGCUGAGAGUGGUGGAGAAGAUACUGCACCUGCAACAUUUCAAGUUCACGAUGGGCUAUUCGUUGCGGAUCGUGGACAAGCGAUGGUGUUUGUGAAGCAAAGCAACGUCAUCGAAGCUGAUAAGAAGAUCGCCACUCAAGUAGCAGCUUUUCCUUUGAAUGGAGGGAGCGCUUGGGAACAGCUUCAUUUCGUGAUGAGCCGUAUUCUCAAUCCAUACUGCAAAUCGUUCAUUAGUCAGAGUGGACGAGGAGAACGUGACGGAGACAAGUUAGCACCAACUGUACAAAAAUGUUUCACCGAAGCCGAAGCUGCCCUUCUUCAUCUUCAGCAAAACAUCGAUAUUCCGGAGAUCAAUCUGGUUGUCAACCCACACAUUUUGGAUGCUAUCGAAAAAGCAAGAAAGGAAAACCGUCAUGCGACUAUGGAUGAUCUUCGAGAAAUUGUGGAAGAUACUAAUUUCCUCAACGCUCUUCAAGCUGGAUGUAACCGCUGGGUGAAGGAAAUUCGUAAAGUCACUCAACUUGAACGUGAUCCAAGCAGUGGUUCUUCUCUACAAGAGAUGACAUUCUGGCUCAAUUUGGAGCGCGCUCUGCUCAAAAUUGCUCAAAAACGAGACGGGGAAGAAGUUACGUUGACUCUUGAAGCCUUGAAGUGCGGAAAACGUUUCCACGCAACUGUGUCAUUCGAUAGUGAUACUGGAUUGAAGCAAAAGUUAGCCGUUGUUCAGGACUACAAUACUCUUAUGAAAGAUUUCCCAUUGAGUGAAUUGGUCUCUGCAUCUGACGUUCCAAAGUUGACGCACGCAAUCGCAGGAAUUUUCCUUCAUCUUCGCAAACUUCGUUCAACCAAAUACCCACUUCAACGCGCUCUCCGCCUCGUCGAAGCUAUCUCCAGAGAUCUCAACUCUCAGCUUUUGAAAGUCCUCUCUUCAUAUAGUUUGAUGCACGUGCCGAUUGUCGAGUUCAACGAUAUCAUGAGCCAGUGUCAAGCUUUGUUCAGCAAAUGGGAUGACGAGUACGACAAAUUCAUAGCGCUUCUUCGCGAUAUCAACAAGAAGAAACGUGACGAUCCAUCGAAACUAUCUUGGAAAGUCACCGCUGUUCACAAGCGUCUGGAACAACGUCUCACACAAAUAUUUCAAUUCAGAAAGCAGCAUGAACAGUUCCGUACUGUCAUUGAACGUGUUUUGAGACCAGUUGGAAAUUCAUCUUCUCGUUCCAAAGAAGAAUUCAUGGUUGACUCGACUGAAGGAGAGAAGUCACCAGAUGAGCAAGUCGAUAUCGCCUACGAAAUACUGAAAAACGUGGAGUUUCUGGAUGUCGACAGCCCCGCUUGGGAGAAUGCUUUCAAGCGUUACGAAGAUCAGAUUGGAGUCGUUGAGACUGCAAUUACCACCAGACUGAAGGGACAGCUCGAAUCAUCACGGAACUCCAACGAGAUGUUCUCUAUAUUCAGUCGUUACAACGCCCUCUUCAUCCGUCCACGCAUUCGUGGAGCUAUUUAUGAAUAUCAAACUCGUCUUAUCAACCGUGUCAAGGACGAUAUUAACAAGUUACAGGAAAGAUUCACUAAAGCUCGUGGAGAACAAGGUGUCAAGAUUAUGCAAACUGCUGGACUUCCCCCAUUUUCGGCCAAAAUAAUGUGGAUUCGCAACUUCGAGAGGCAACUCCAACGUUACAUGAAACGUGUAGAAGACGUUCUUGGAAAACAAUGGGAGAACCAUGUAGAUGGACGUCAACUGAAAGCAGACGGAGACAAUUUCAAAGUCAAAUUGAAUACACAGCCAAUGUUCGAAGAUUGGGUCGAAACAGUGCAAUCCCAAAACUGGGUCCUUCCAAAUAAAAUUUUGACUGUCGACAGAGUGCAAGUUGAUGGUCGUAUGCAACUUCAGCUGAAAGUCAACUACAAUCUUGACAGCUUGGUGCUCUACAAGGAAGUUUCGCAUUUAAAAACUAUGGGAUUCCGUGUUCCGUUGAAAAUAGUCAACUGGGCUCAUCAAGCCAACCAGAUGCACCCAUCAGCUACAUCUCUCAUUGAAGCAACUCGUACAUUCUCUUCUGUCAAUGCAGCUUUAGCAUCAGUUCAAGGAGUUGAUUCAUUGCUUGCCAGUUACAAGAAAGAUAUUCAGAAUCAGUUGCUUGAAGGUGCUACACUUGGUUGGGAUUCGUACAAGGUUGAUCAAUAUCAGCUUAAACUCGCGGAAACUGUUAAUACAUACCAAGAAAGAUGCGAAGAACUACUGAACGUCGUCCGUAUCGUCAACGCCGAUUUGAAUGUUCUGAAAUCAUGCCGCUACGACAAGGAAACCAUCGAGAACCUUCUGACUUCGAUCCAAAAAGGAGUUGACCAACUUUCUCUUGGAAACUACUCCAAUCUGGCUCAGUGGGUGAAUACUCUCGAUCGUCAAAUUGAGGCGAUUUUGGCUCGUCGAGUUGAAGAUGCGAUACGUGUUUGGACUUUGGUUUUCUCCCAGUCCGAAGAGGUGGAAGAACUCCGCGAACGCCAAGUUGUUCUCCCACACGUUAAGAAUGUCGUCGUCGAGUUGUGCAUGACUGCCCAAACGCUUUACAUCAGUCCGAGCACAAGAGAGACUCGUGAGAAGAUUCUGGAACAGUUGUACGAAUGGCACAGUGUGUGUACUGCUCAGACCAGAAUAAGUGGAAAACGAUUCCAGAUGGUGAUGAAUGAAGAAAUUGAGCCCGAGACUUAUCAUAACAUUUUGAAUGUGAUGCCGGAAGGACAAGCCUGUCUCGAAAAAGCAUACGAUUGUGUCAAUGGGAUCAUGAUGGACUUGGAAGAAUAUCUCAGCGAAUGGCUCAGUUAUCAGUCUCUCUGGGUCCUUCAGUCUGAGCAACUGUUCGAAACACUGGGAACAUCUCUUUCUAAAUGGAUGAAGACGUUGAUGGAAAUUCGCAAGGGUCGACUUGUUUUUGAUACGCAGGAUACUCGCAAAGUCAUCUUUCCAGUUACUGUUGAGUAUGGAAAAGCUCAGCAAAAGAUUCUGUUCAAGUACGAUUACUGGCAUAAGGAAAUGCUUGUGAAGUUUGGAGCUGUUGUUGGUGAUGAGAUGCAAAAGUUCUUCAACUCUGUCUCAAAGUGGAGAAAUGUACUUGAAACUCAGUCGGUUGAUGGAGGCUCAACUUCCGAUACUAUUGGACUCAUUUCAUUUGUGCAGUCUCUCAAGAAACAAACCAAAGCCGGACAAGAUGCUGUCGAUCUAUACAGAUCAUCGCAACGUCUUCUCAAUCAGCAAAGAUACCAGUUCCCAGCUCAAUGGUUAUACUCUGAAAAUGUAGAAGGAGAAUGGUCAGCGUUCGCGGAAAUUCUCAGUCUUCGUGAUGCAUCCAUCCAAACUCAGAUGAUGAACCUGCAAACCAAGUUCGCCCAAGAAGACGAACUUGUCGAAAAAAGAACUGGUGAAACUCUUGCGGAUUGGAACAAGAACAAGCCUGUCGAAGGUGCUCAACGGCCACAAGAUGCUCUCAAUGUGAUCACUGCAUAUGAAGCGAAGUUGAACAAAUUGUCCGAAGAAAGAAACAAGAUGCGCAAAGCACGAGUGGCUUUGGAUCUCUCAGACAGCGCCCAUGCCCCAUCCGAGAGAGAUAAGCUUUCAGUAGCGACUGAAGAAUUGGCUGCAAUGAAGGAAGUGUGGAAGGCUCUGCAACCGGUAUAUACUGGCAUCGAUGAAACUAAAGAGAAGACAUGGUUAUCAGUUCAACCAAGAAAAAUUCGCCAAUCUCUUGAUGAGUUAAUGAAUCAAUUAAAGCAACUUCCAGUCAAGUGCAGAACUUAUCCCAGUUACGAGCAUGUGAAGACGAUGCUGCACACCUAUGGUAAAAUGAAUGCGUUGGUCGCCGAUUUGAAAUCCGAGGCGUUGAAAGAGAGACAUUGGCAUCAAAUGAUGAAGGAAAUGCGCGUCAAUUGGAAUCUUUCCGAUUUGACACUUGGUCAAGUUUGGGAUGCUGACAUUCUACGACACGAGACGACUAUCAGGAAGAUCCUUCUUGUUGCACAAGGAGAAAUGGCUCUGGAAGAAUUCUUGAGAGAGAUGCGGGAGUAUUGGCAGAAUUAUGAGGUGGAGCUAGUCAACUAUCAGAACAAAACUCGUUUGAUCAAAGGAUGGGACGAUCUGUUCAACAAACUGAAAGAGCAUCAGAAUUCACUCUCUGCUAUGAAGUUGUCGCCAUACUACAAACAAUUCGAAGAGAGUGCACAGUCUUGGGAUGAAAAAUUGAACAAGAUCAACGCUAUGUUUGAUGUUUGGAUUGAUGUUCAAAGAAGAUGGGUGUAUUUGGAAGGACUCUUCUCGGGCUCUGCUGAAAUCGCCACAUUACUUCCUUUCGAAAGUUCGAGAUUUGCCACCAUCACUACUGAUGUUUUGGCAUUGAUGAAGAAAGUUUCUGCCUCACCCCGAAUUUUGGAUGUAGUGAAUAUGCAAGGAGCCCAAAGACUUCUUGAACGCCUCGCCGAUAUGCUUGCCAAGAUUCAAAAAGCCCUGGGAGAGUAUUUGGAAAGAGAACGUUCAUCGUUCCCUCGUUUCUAUUUUGUUGGAGAUGAAGAUUUGUUGGAAAUUAUGGGAAACAGCAAAGACAUCACUAGAAUUCAGAAGCAUUUGAAGAAAAUGUUUGCUGGAAUCACUGCCAUUGACAUUAACGAAGAAGACAGAUCGAUCACUGCUUUCCAUUCAAGAGAGGGUGAGAAGGUCAACUUGGUCAAGAUAGUAACAACGAAAGACGUUCGAAUCAACGACUGGCUGCAAGCACUCGAAUCUGAAAUGAAACAUACUCUGGCAAGGCAGCUUGCAUCAUCGCUUGCUCAUUUCUCGAAGAUGAACAUCCAAACUAUGACUACUGAAGACUAUGUUCAGUGGCUUGAUAACUACCCAACUCAAGUAAUCACGUUAACUGCUGAAAUUUGGUGGUGCGACGAAAUGGAGAAAACAUUGGCCGACGGGAAAGAAGCGGAAAAUGUGGAACAACUAGUUGUGAAAACUCUUGAAUUGCUGGCAGAUAGUGUACUCAAAGAGCAACCACCAAUUCGCAGAAAGAAAAUGGAGGCAUUGAUUACUGAGCUGGUACAUAAGAGAGACACAUGCCGUAAAUUGACAGCCAAAAAGAUAAGAGCAGCAAACGACUUCGGAUGGCUUCAAUGCAUGCGGUUCUAUUUCGAUCCUAAAGAAAUUGACCCAGUACGCUGCUGUGUCGUGAAGAUGGCCAACGCCCAAUUCUACUAUGGUUUCGAAUACCUCGGCAUCCAAGAGAGACUUGUUCGUACACCACUUACGGAUCGUUGCUACCUUACUAUGACGCAAGCACUUCAUUCUCGUCUCGGAGGAUCUCCAUUUGGACCUGCUGGUACAGGAAAAACUGAAUCUGUGAAAGCUCUCGGACACCAACUCGGUCGAUUUGUUCUAGUAUUCAAUUGUGACGAAACGUUUGACUUCCAAGCAAUGGGUCGUAUUUUGGUCGGAUUAUGCCAAGUUGGUGCUUGGGGAUGUUUCGAUGAGUUCAAUCGUUUGGAAGAGCGUAUGCUCUCAGCCGUAUCUCAGCAAAUUCAAACCAUUCAAGAAGCUGUUCGAGCUGGAGGAGAUAUGAGUGUUGAUCUCGUUGGAAAACGGCUAAAUGUUAAUUCAAACAUUGGAAUUUUCAUCACAAUGAAUCCUGGAUAUUCUGGUCGUUCCAAUCUUCCGGACAAUUUGAAGCAACUCUUCAGAAGUUUGGCAAUGACUCAGCCGGAUCGUCAACUCAUCGCUCAAGUCAUGCUUUUCUCUCAAGGAUUCCGAACUGCGGAAACUCUUGCCAACAAAAUUGUUCCAUUGUUCAUACUUUGCAAGGAACAGCUCUCUGCUCAAUGUCACUACGAUUUCGGACUUCGUGCCCUGAAAUAUGUGUUGGUCUCCGCUGGAAACAUCAAGCGCGACAAGUUGGACAAAAUGGGAUCUGCUGCGCUUGAAGAUAUUGCUGAGCAGCAAAUGCUUAUCCAGUCUGUCUGUGAAACACUUGUUCCAAAACUCGUCAACGAAGAUAUUGCUUUGCUUUUCUCUCUGCUUUCCGAUGUGUUCCCAGGAAUUCACUACACAGCUAACCAGAUGAAAGAACUACGUCAACAACUUUCGACUGUUUGCAAUGAACAUCUUCUCGUUCAUAAUGAUGUUCAAGGAGAAAUGGGAUCAAUGUGGCUAGACAAAGUGCUUCAACUUUACCAGAUUACGAAUCUCAAUCACGGACUCAUGCUUGUUGGAUCUAGUGGAUCAGGAAAAACAAUGGCUUGGAAGGUUCUUCUGAAGGCUUUGGAAAGAUGGGAAAAUGUCGAAGGGGUAGCUCAUGUUAUCGAUGCAAAAGCUAUGAGCAAAGAUGCUCUUUACGGAGUAAUGGAUCCAAACACUCGUGAAUGGACCGACGGACUAUUUACUUCAAUCAUUCGUAAGAUCAUUGACAAUGUGAGAGGAGAGGCGGAUCGACGUCAGUGGAUCAUCUUCGAUGGAGACGUUGACCCAGAAUGGGUAGAAAACUUGAACUCGGUGUUGGAUGACAAUAAGUUGUUAACACUUCCUAAUGGAGAACGUCUCUCUAUUCCACCAAACGUUAGAAUCAUUUUCGAAGUUGCCGAUUUGAAGUACGCCACUUUAGCUACUGUUUCCCGUUGCGGAAUGGUUUGGUUCAGUGAGGAAGUUGUAACCUCCGAGAUGCUAUUCGAGAGAUACCUCUCCAUGAUACGACGUGUACCAUUGGAUUCCGAGUCUGCUGUGAGCUUUUCGUCAUCGAACGCCCCAGUCAAUUUGGUUGCUGAGGAUGCAAAGCCUUCGCGUUCUAUCGAAAUUCAACGAACAGCUGCGUUAGCUCUUCAAACACAUUUCUCACAAGAUGGAAUCGUUCCGGGAGCACUGAAAUAUGCAGUUGCUGAGCUCGAACAUAUCAUGCCACCAACUCCACAAAGACUUCUUUCAUCAUUCUUCUCGAUGAUGUCAUAUUCUAUUCGCAAAAUGGUUUCUCACGAUGAAGGACUCAUUGAUGACUCGAUGGAACUUGAUCAGAUCCAAAACUUUGUUCUCCGAUCUAUGCUUACCAACUUGGUUUGGGCUUUCAGUGGAGAUGGAAAGUGGCGAUCAAGAGAGAUGAUGAGUGAUUUUAUUCGUCAGGCGACUACAAUUUCUUUGCCACCAAAUCAACAGGCGUGUCUCAUCGACUAUGAAGUUCAAUUGAAUGGGGAAUGGCAGCCAUGGCUUGCAAAAGUCCCAACUAUGGAAAUCGAAUCACAUCGUGUUGCUGCCGCAGAUCUUGUGGUUCCGACUAUCGAUACUGUUCGUCACGAAAUGUUAUUGGCUGCUUGGCUUGCUGAGCACAAGCCAUUGGUACUUUGUGGCCCUCCAGGAUCAGGAAAAACGAUGACACUUCUGGCUGCUCUUCGUUCUCAACAGGAAAUGGACGUCGUUAAUGUUAACUUCUCGUCGUCUACAACUCCGGAACUGCUUCUACGUACAUUUGAUCACUACUGCGAGUACAGACGUACACCAAAUGGAGUUGUUCUUGCUCCCGUCCAAAUGUCACAAUGGCUUGUUAUCUUCUGUGAUGAGAUCAACUUACCUGCUCCUGACAAAUAUGGAACACAAAGAGUCAUCAGUUUUCUGCGACAAUUGGUUGAAUUAAAUGGAUUCUACAGAACUUCUGACCACAGCUGGGUGUCUCUCGAACGUAUUCAAUUUGUUGGAGCUUGUAAUCCUCCUACUGAUCCAGGACGUCACCCAAUGACAUCCAGGUUCCUUCGUCAUGUACCAAUCGUUUAUGUCGAUUACCCUGGACAGACUUCUCUACAACAGAUCUACGGAACGUUCAAUCGUGCCAUGUUAAAAAUGACACCAGCAGUUCGAGGAUUGGCAGAUCAGCUCACUAAUUCCAUGGUCGAUGUCUACCUUGCCAGUCAAGAGCAUUUCACUCAAGACGAUCAACCACAUUAUGUGUACUCUCCCAGAGAGCUGACAAGAUGGGUGAGAGGUAUUUCGGAAGCCAUCACGCCGCUGGAAUCGCUCUCUGCCGAACAAUUGGUACGCCUUUGGGCGCACGAGGCAAUUCGUUUGUUCCAAGACAGAUUGGUGACUCAAGAUGAACGCGACUGGACUGACAAACUGGUAGAUGAAACUGCUGAGAAAUACUUUGGAAACGCUUGUCGUCUGGAUGAAGCACUCAAGAGACCAUUGCUUUACUCAUGCUGGUUAUCUCGUAACUACGUUCCAGUCACGCGCGACGAACUUCAAGAUUAUGUUUCUGCAAGACUCAAAGGAUUUUACGAGGAAGAACUCGAUGUCAAGCUUGUUCUUUUCGAUCAAAUGUUGGAUCAUGUACUUCGUAUUGAUAGAAUUUAUCGUCAAUCACAAGGUCACUUGCUUCUCAUUGGUACAGCUGGUGCAGGAAAGACAACACUGUCAAGAUUUGUUGCUUGGUUGAACGGACUGAGUGUGUUCCAGUUAAAGGUCCAUUCGAAAUACACUGCUGCUGACUUUGAUGAGGACAUGAGAACUGUACUGCGAAGAGCCGGAUGCCGAAACGAGAAACUCUGUUUUAUUAUGGACGAAUCUAACAUGCUUGAUACCGGAUUCCUCGAGAGACUGAAUACAUUGCUCGCAAACGGCGAAGUUCCAGGAUUGUUUGAAGGAGAUGAGCACACCACUCUGAUGACUCAAAUCAAGGAAGGCGCUCAGCGACAAGGAUUGAUUCUUGACAGCCACGACGAACUCUACAAAUGGUUCACUCAGCAAGUUAUGCGAAAUCUCCACGUGGUAUUCACCAUGAAUCCAUCCGGAAGUGGUCUUCGUGAACGUGCUUCUACAUCGCCUGCGCUGUUCAACAGAUGUGUUCUUAAUUGGUUCGGUGACUGGAGUGACAACGCGCUCUACCAAGUUGGAUCUGAACUCACCAGAACUAUGGAUCUCGAUAGAACAGAUUAUGAAGGAUCUGUUCAUUUGACUGGAUCUUGUGAUUUGAUUCCAUCGCAGCCAACUUAUCGUGAUGCAGUGGUUAACACUCUUUGUCUUGUGCAUCAGACUGUGAAGAAAUUCAACGAUAUGGAGAUGAAGAAGGGACAUCGUGUAAUGGCUUGUACUCCUAGACAUUUCCUUGACUUCAUCAAACAGUUCAUGGCAGUGUUCCACGAGAAGCGAUCAGAUCUUGAAGAGGAAAAGAUCCAUUUGAAUAUCGGAUUGAACAAAAUCAGUGAGACCGAAGAACAAGUCGAGGAACUACAGAAGAGUCUUCACUUGAAGAGAAAGGAGUUGGAGGAGAAGAAGGAAGCAGCUAACUUGAAAUUGAAAGAAAUGCUUGGAGAUCAACAGAAGGCUGAAGAGGAGAAGAAGUUCUCAGAACAACUGCAAAAGGAGCUUGCUGAACAGUUGAAACAGAUGGCCGAGAAAAAAACUGUCGUGGAGAGUGAUCUGGCACAAGUUGAACCAGCCGUUGCAGAAGCUCAAACUGCUGUACAAGGUAUCAAGAAGAGUCAAUUGGUUGAAGUUAAAUCUAUGUCAAGCCCUCCUGUUACGGUGAAGUUGACAUUGGAAGCGAUUUGCAUUUUGCUUGGAGAACAAGUGGGAACCGACUGGAAAGCAAUUCGACAAGUGAUGAUGAAAGAAGACUUUAUGACUAGAAUUCUGCAGUUCGACACCGAAUCUCUUACUCCCCAAAUUUUGAGCCAAAUGGAGAGAUACAUCCAGAACCCAGAUUGGGAGUUUGAGAAAGUGAAUCGAGCUUCAGUUGCUUGCGGUCCUAUGGUGAAAUGGGCUAGAGCUCAGUUAUUGUACUCUACAAUGCUUCACAAGGUCGAGCCUCUGCGAAACGAACUGAAGCGAUUGGAAAAAGAGGCAGCAAAGAAGACGGAAGAAGGAAAAGUAGUGGAUGUGCGAAUCACCGAGUUGGAGGAGUCCAUUGGAAAGUACAAAGAAGAAUAUGCACAGCUCAUUGGCCAAGCCGAAAACAUCAAACAAGAUCUUUCGUCUGUUCAAGAAAAAGUUAAUCGUUCAACACAACUCCUCUCGUCACUCCGUUCGGAGAGAGACCGUUGGUCAAGUGGAAGUGCAGGAUUCUCUCAACAGAUGGAUUCACUUGUUGGAGAUGCUCUUCUUUCUUCAGCAUUCCUCGCCUACGCUGGAUACUAUGAUCAGAUGAUUCGUGAUGAAAUCUUCCAGAAAUGGUUUAAUCACGUCGUCAAUGCUGGUCUGCACUUCCGUCAUGAUCUGGCUCGAAUUGAAUAUCUUUCAACCGUUGAUGAUCGUUUGCAAUGGCAGUUAAACUCGUUACCAGUGGAUGAUUUGUGCACCGAAAACGCGAUUAUGCUCCAUCGUUUCAAUCGCUAUCCAUUGAUCAUCGAUCCAUCUGGACAAGCUGUUGAAUACAUCAUGAAGCAAUUCUCCGGAAAGAACAUUCAGAAGACUUCAUUCCUUGAUGAUUCGUUCCGCAAGAACCUGGAAUCCGCUCUUCGUUUUGGAAAUUCUCUGCUUGUUCAAGAUGUUGAGGCAUACGAUCCAAUUCUCAAUCCUGUUUUGAAUCGAGAAGUCAAGAGAGCUGGUGGACGUGUUUUGAUUACCAUUGGAGAUCAAGAUAUCGACUUGUCACCAUCCUUCCAGAUCUUCAUGAUCACACGUGACUCGACUGUCGAGUUCUCACCAGAUAUCUGCUCUCGUGUUACAUUCGUCAACUUCACCGUUACAUCAUCCUCGUUGGCCAGCCAAUGCCUCAAUCAAGUACUCCGCAGUGAACGACCGGAUGUCGACAAGAAACGUAACGAUCUUCUAAAACUGCAAGGAGAGUUUGCCGUACGUCUUCGCCACCUGGAAAAAGCGUUGUUGGCAGCGUUGAACGAAAGCAAAGGAAAGAUUCUGGACGAUAAUUCCGUCAUUGAAACUCUUGAAAGACUGAAGAACGAGGCUGCCGAAGUUGCUCAAAAAUCAGCGGAAACUGACAAAGUCAUGGCCGAAGUUGAUGCCGUGUCUGCCCAAUACCAAAGACUCGCUACCGCUUGUUCACACGUCUAUCAUACUCUCCAGCAGCUCAAUGAGAUCCAUUUCUUGUACCACUAUUCGCUCGACUUUCUGGUGGAAAUCUUCACGUAUGUACUCAAAACGCCGGAGCUUUCUUCGACCACCGACUAUGCCAAGAGACUGCGAAUCAUCACAACCAGCUUGUUCCAGACCGUUUUCCGUCGUGUUUCUCGUGGAAUGCUGCACACUGACAAGGUUCUUCUUGCCCUACUAUUAAUGAGAAUUCAUAUCCGUUCUAACCCCGCUGCUCCUGCUUACGAACAACACUUCGAUCUGCUUCUCGGAAGAUCUGACGUAGUCACCAAAACUGAAGAAUCCGAAAGCGUCAUUCCGUCUGGUCUCGAUUUCCUAUCUAUGGACAAUAAGAAGGCUAUUGCCAAAACUGCCAAGCUGAACGGUUUCGAGAACGUUUUUGCUAUGCUGAAAUCAAACGCAGCUGCAGUGACUUCUUGGUUGACUCAUGACAAUCCAGAAUCAAAUGUUCCUGUCAUUUGGGAAGAUACUGAUAACACACUCACGCCGCUGUGCAUUGCAAUGAACUCCAUGAUCGUAGUUCAUGCUCUACGCCCAGACAGACUUAUGGCCUCGGCACAUCGUGUAGUCUCCACCGCUUUCGAUGACCAUUUCAUGCAACAAGAUAAGGUAGUUGAUAUACUCUCGAUUGUGGACAAUGAAGUCGCUCCAUCCGAACCAGUUUUGCUUUGCUCAGCCACUGGAUAUGAUGCAUCUGGAAAGAUUGAAGAUCUCGCUGUCGAGACUAGUCGUCAGUUGACUUCCAUCGCUAUCGGUUCUGCUGAAGGAUUCAGCCAGGCCGACUCGGCGCUUGCAGCGGCAACAAAAUCGGGACGAUGGGUCCUCCUCAAGAACGUUCAUUUGGCUCCCAGCUGGCUUGCCCAAUUGGAAAAAAGAUUGCAUUCGAUGAAGCCUCAUGCACAGUUCCGUCUCUUCCUCACCGCAGAAAUUCAUCCGAAGCUGCCAUCAUCAAUCAUGAGAGCUUCGCGAGUAGUUGUAUUCGAACCAGCUACUGGAUUGAAAGCUAAUCUUCUCCGUUCAUUGUCGAGUAUACCUCCUCAACGACUCACGAAGGCUCCAACAGAAAGAAGUAGACUGUACUUGCUCGUCUGCUGGCUUCACGCUCUCGUACAAGAAAGACUCAGAUAUACUCCUCUUGGUUGGUCUACCGCUUACGAAUUCUCCGAUGCCGAUCUUCGUGUUGCUUGUGAUACUUUGGAUGCUGCAGUCGACGCUGUUGCUCAAGGCAGACCGAAUGUUGAACCGGAACGUCUUCCAUGGACUACACUCCGUACACUUCUGAGUCAAUGCAUUUACGGAGGCAAAAUAGACAAUGAAUUCGAUCAAGUCCUUCUGGACUGUGUUCUUGAGAACUUGUUCACUGCGAAGAGUUUUGAGCAAGAUCACGUUCUCAUUCCAAAAUAUGAUGGCGAUGAAGCUUUGUUCACUCCUACCAUGUCAAAGAAGGAUCAAAUGAUCGGAUGGGUUGAAGAAUUGAAGAACGAACAACUCCCAGCUUGGCUUGGUCUUCCAAAUAAUGCUGAAAAAGUUCUCUUGACCAAGAGAGGAGAAUCAAUGAUCCGAAAUAUGCUGAAGGUGACAGAUGAAGAGUUGGCAUGCGGUGAAGACGGCAAGGAGGAAGCUAAACCACAAUGGAUGGCACAGCUUGGAGAACUUGUGAAACAAUGGCUUCAAUUGCUUCCAAAGGAGAUCGUCAAGAUGCGCCGUACCGUUGAAAACAUCAAGGAUCCUUUGUUCAGAUUCUUCGAAAGAGAAGUUAACUUGGGAUCUCAGUUGCUUAAAGAUAUUCGUCGUGAUUUGAACGAGAUUGCUGCUGUUUGUCGUGCCGAGAAGAAACAAAACAAUGAGACACGAGCUUUGGCUGCCAGUUUGCAGAAGGGAGAGGUUCCGAAUGGAUGGAAAAGAUACACUGUUCCAAGAGAAGUCACCGUGAUGGACUGGAUGGCUGAUUUGAAUGAACGUCUUAAGCAGCUAAUGCGCAUUGGAGCAGCUGAUAACUUGAAGCGCGAAACUUUCUGGCUUGGAGGUACAUUCUCACCAGAAGCAUAUAUCACUGCUACUCGUCAACAAGUUGCUCAAGCCAACACCUGGUCACUGGAACAGCUGAACUUGCACAUACACAUUGGACGCACAGACAACACGGACGUCUUCCGUAUUUCUGGCGUCGACAUCCGAGGAGCCAAAUCUAUCGGAGGAAACAAGCUCGAACUGUGCGAACUUGUCAAGAGCGAGUGCGAUGUGGUGGAGCUUAGUUGGAAGCAGGAUGCUGCUGAAGGAACACGUCUUCCAUUAUAUUUGUAUGGAGAUCGUCGUCAACUCAUUUCUCCACUCGCGUUCCAUUUGUCAUCUGCCACCGUUUUCUACCAGCGUGGAGUUGCCCUUGUCGCUAAUACCACUCUCUAA